AGGAUUUAUCUUAAUAGUACCGUACCCAGGACUACGAGAUCCCGCUAGUAAUUGUCGAAACCUCAAUUCGUGCUGACAUCCUUAACGCACAAGAUUGUUUGCAUUACAUUGAUCAUGUUUUCAGAAGAAAUCUCGGGGGCCUAAAAAAACUAUACUUGGCACGUUCACUUCCAUUUUGCUCUUGUUCUUCACCCAUCAAUCUCGAUACCCAGCUCGACCAUGUCGUCGUCCACAAGCGCCGACAUCGCAAUGCCAUCAACACCGAAACCCGAAACAAUCACACAGGAGCAAUGGGAGCCCGAAAAAAGAAAGCCAGGUCUACGCCAGAGAGUAAAACAUUUCACAUUCGCUUGGUUCCUAUGCACAAUGAGCACAGGGGGUCUUGCAGUCGCUAUUGGAGAGACACCACAUCAAUUCAAAGGCCAAUACCACAUCUCCCUCACCCUCUUCCUCACAACCCUCACCAUCUUCCUCCUCUUCACCCUGCUGACCCUUUUCCGCUACAUCCAACACAAAAACCACUUCCUCUCCGCCUUCUCCUCCCCCCCAGAAUCCCUCUUUGCCCCCGCCUUCAUCCUAAGCAUCUGCGUUCUCAUCGCCGGCGUGCAAACACUUGCCAUAACCCACGGCCCGAGCACCCCUGGCCUCCUCUCCCUCGUCCACAUCCUGUACUGGAUCUACGCCGCUAUCUCGCUGGUGGGAACGACGUUGCAGUACUGGCUUAUCCUCCGCAAAAACACCACUGUACCAUUCUCACCGGCGGUUUUCCUCGCAGGGUACUCCUGUAUGCUAACUGGUACACUGGCUUCUUUGAUCGUAGCGAGUCAGCCGGCACGGCGUCAUGUCGCUAUUGUGGUGGCAGGUGUGGCGUAUCAGGGGUUCGGGUGGUGUAUUAGUCUCGUGGGUAUCGCCUUGUACAUCUCCUCGCUUCUCGAGCGCGGACUUCCCCCGCUGAGGGCGAGGCCGGCGAUGUUUAUCCCUGUGGGGAGUUGUGCGUAUACGGUUGUUGCCCUAGUGGGUAUGGCGAGGGGAAUUGGGGCACAGCAGGCGUAUACGGAGGGUUACUUUGCGAGACACAGCUUAGCGCCAGAGAUUCUACGCAUCAUGGCGUUUUUCUCGUCGGUGUUUGUCUAUGUGUUUGCAGUUUGGCUGUUUAGUGUUGCGCUGGUUGCGAAUUUGAGUGCAGUGGGGAAGAUGCCGUUUAGUCUGGCUUGGUGGGCGUUUAUUUUUCCGAAUGUCGGGUUUGCGCUUGCGACGAGUGCAUUGGGGAGGGAGCUCGAGAGCGAGCCGAUUCUCUGGGUGGGAAGUGUUAUGACGGCUUUGUUGGUUGUGGUUUGGAUUGUUGCGGCUGCGGCGUGUGUGAGGGCGGUGUGGAAGGGGGAUAUUGUUUGGCCUGGAAAAGACGAAGAUAAGGAUCGUUGAGAGAAUUGAUGAGAUUGUGUCAGCUGGAAUCAUGCAAUCUGAUUGGGUUGUUUACUUAUGACUUUACAGAAAUAUGCAAAAGCUUCAUUACCAUAUCACAGGU